AUGAAUAAAAUAGGGAAACAAAACAUCAUAGAGGCGUUUGAAGAGAGGUUUAAGAAAGGGUAUCUCGAUUGGUCUGUGUUCAAGAACAAGUACGACACAAGUAGAAAGAAGUACACCAAAUUUAGGAAGUUGGUUAAGAAUAGGACAGGUCUUGGGUUUGACAGCAUGGGAAGGGUUGAUAUGUCAGAUGAUUGGUGGAGUGAACGCGAAAAGUUUCGAGCUGUAGUAGUAACUGGAGCAGAAGGAUGGAGUGCUCAACAUGGAGAAGCAAGCUUGAGUUCUAAAGUCGGUGUAGAUGAUGGUGAUGAAGCCGAUUCUCAGCCAGCAGCAGAAACUCAAGUAGAAGCAGAGACAGAAACUCAGCCACAAGCUCAGACACAAACCCAGCGCCGAACUCAGACUCAUUCUGGAAGUUCGAGAGGAAAAAGAAAGCGUAAGGAGAAUGAUAUGGUUGUAGAAGCUUGUGACAAACGUACUGAAGCUCUUAUGGUGAAGAAUAAGAUAGCAGAACGGAUUUUGGACGUCAAGAAGCUUCUAGUGUUGAGAAUGUGUUAG